AACACACGAAUAACUUCCUUAUCACGACCUUUUUAAUACAAGCUCAGCGUGUUUUAGAACAUAUAUAGCCAGAUAGCUAAUUUAAUCAAUAAUUAAAUCAGUCUUGUUGUUUAAAACCAGCAAUGGCAGGAAUACCACCAGAUUCAUGGCAGCCUCCGACGGUUUCGGUUGAGACUACUAUGGGAACAAUCGUAUUGGAAUUAUACUGGAAACACGCGCCUAAAACCUGCAAGAACUUCGCUGAACUUGGCAGAAGAGGCUAUUAUAACACCACUAAGUUCCAUCGCAUCAUCAAAGACUUCAUGGUUCAGGGGGGUGACCCAACAGGAACUGGCCGUGGUGGUGCAUCUAUAUAUGGAAAACAGUUUGAAGAUGAACUUCACCCAGAGCUGAAAUUCACAGGUGCUGGAAUUCUUGCAAUGGCUAACGCAGGUCCAGACACAAACGGGAGUCAGUUCUUUUUGACCCUAGCUCCAACUCAGUGGCUGGAUGGCAAACACAGUAUAUUUGGCCGAGUUUGCCAGGGCAUGAGUGUUCUUAAUCGAAUUGGAAUGGUGGAGACCAACAGUCAAGAUCGCCCUGUUGAUGACAUAAAAAUCCUCAGAGUGGCUCUGCCUAACUGAAACAUCCGAAUUGGAUUCAGUGCCAUUUUGUACAGUUGUUUUUUUUUUGUUUUUUUUUUUGUUUUGUUUUUUUUAAUAAUAAAAACCUCAUGGUUUGUAA